GCGAAGGACGCAGGUGAGAUGAAAAUGAGGAUUCUUUCCACCCUCAUUCUGGGCGUUUUACUACCCCUAGCGGCGCGCGCCGACCAAUCACAGCUCGAGCUGUCCGAGGGCCAGCCAAUCAGCGAGCAGCUGUUCGGCGAGGGAAAGAGGCAGAUAGAGACGCCGGAGGUGGUUCUGCAGUUGAAAUAUGACCGGGGGGAACUGAAUAGGAUAUAUUUGGCGCAGUUUCGCAAGAACAAAGAACGCUGGGCGCCGUCAGUGCCUGCCACAGACAAUCUGUGUUCGGACCUGUGUCACUCAGGACUGGGCGGUCUUCCCUGCGGCGAAACAUGCGCAGACAUGAUCCCAGUGGGCCUCAAGUCCCACCUGAUGGAAGAGCCACACGAAAACGUAAACAUAACAGACGCAGAAUACGGGGAGCCUCGUGUCGGUGUGUGUCCGACACUGAGCCAAUACGGACUGGGUCAGCCGCUGUGCGCGUGCAGUAGUGGGGAGCUGCCGGUAGCUUGGGACGUCGUCUGUGCUGCUUUCUGCUCCGACAAAUAUGAGCUGAGAGGUUGUCCAGCCUGCCCCACCGACCUGACGACUGCUACUGCCGCGGCGGGCCGUUCCGUGGCGACCGCCCUCGUGCUGUCCACCGCCGAGGGCUGGACGGCGUGGUGCAACGCUCAGUGCCGGCAGGGCCACGGCGGGGCCGCCUGCAACUGCGACCGAGCACCCUUCCAGUAACCAACAACUAGCCUAUAACUGUA